AACCGCUACACGUCACAACUUUCCUGCCAUCGUGGCUUGCCAUCUGUCAACGAAUAUUGUUGACGUAUGAAAUAUUCGUAGUUACGAGUGGAGAAAGUGCACAGUUAUUCAAACUCGCAGCGUCGUAGUAAAAAGCAAAAUGGAUCAAAUCACGAAAUUCAUCGAGCCAGGCCGUCAGUUCACUAAAGAUUCCAUUAGAUUAGUUAAGAGAUGUACAAAACCAGACAGAAGGGAAUUUCAAAAGAUCGCCAUUGCUACAGCCAUCGGAUUCUGUAUUAUGGGUUUUAUAGGUUUCUUCGUUAAACUGAUUCAUAUACCCAUUAAUAACAUUAUUGUGGGUUCCUAAAUGGUAUUUAUUACAUCUCAAUAAGUUUAAGACAUCAAAAGUAAAUUUUUAUAGAGAGUUAACUUAUCAUUUCUAAUAAGAUUUUGUAUUUUCAUCUUCAUCUGUUUGUAAUACAUUCAGAAAUAAAUGGAUUGUUAUGGUUACUAAA